AUGCCAACACGCAAGAUGAGAGCCUCUCGCUUCAGGCUUUUUACGUCAUCAAAGACCGUCGCCAAUGAUGACCCUGGGGAAGAAGCGAUGCCGACAUCUCACUCUGCUGCGGAAGACCAAGCCCACGAGAAGCGAAACCGUAGUCGACUUCGGCUGCAGUUGAGGCGAAGUAGUGCUAAAGUGUUGUCGAAGCUUGGAUUUUGGAGUUCUGGGACUACUGGCCUUGAAGAUGUCCGCGAAACUGAUAUCCUGUCCCCUCCCACUGCCUUCGACUGUGGGUCAACAGAACAGCCAAACCAUACCCCUACGACACAGUUAGAUGGAUCUUCUUCCAUUGACUACCCUCAAAAUUCGAACGUGCUACAAGCAUCGCCGUCGUCUUCUUGCGCUCGUUUCGAAAACUUACACGCUGAUGAGACUGCCGAAACGCUUUCCAAUGAUGGUGACAGUACGUGGUCAAAGGAUUCUGAAAUCUGCGUGCCACCAGCACUACCUCCGCGAUUCCCGCGAAAAUUUUCCAUCUUUGGACCAUGCACUGUGAUUCACCGUAGGAAGACUAGGCCUAGGGCAUGGAUUUCAAAUACUGAUGGACCUCAACCUUUGAUAUCUUUCAGUCGUUCGGACAACAUCACGCAAGGCAGCACCGACCAGUCAACGUGCAUAUCGACUGUUUUCAGCCAAGCUAGCCGUAGCAGCUCAUCAGAUGGUGUCUCGACUUCUCCCCUCCUGACGAUGUCAGAGGCUCCAAAUGGCGUUCAGGUUCCUCAAUUUUUAUCUGGCCAGUGUUGUUCGUCCGCUCAAUCAGUCCCUCAACUGAAACUGCAGCCAUCUAUCGUCACAGUCGAGGCAGCUGCGGCGGCAAAAGUAUUCCUAGAAACUCAUUUCAAUGCCAUUAUUUCGGGUCGAGAUGCACGUGGGCAGAGACACCGUGAGCUUCAAGAACAUCUGUGCACUCUUCCAUUUACCCACGAGGAACGAAAAGCGGCAAAGCAAGCAUGGGUCGCUCAGGAGACCGAGUAUUUAAGACAAACUCGAGUCAUGAAUAGUUACUCAAAUCGAUUCAAUCACAAGGAAACGAUAUCAGCUGCAGGCUAUGAAACAGUCAAACUUCUAGGUCAAGGCAGCUUUGGAGUUGUUCGCCUAGUCAAGGAGAAAGGUAGCGUGGACACGGCACCUGUCAGCAGAAAAGAAGCAAACACAGACGUCGACGGUAUUCGAGAUGGUCCAAGUUUGUGGCUUAUGCCAAAAUCAAAACGUCCUGCAAACAGUCUUGCCGUGAAAAAUGAGAGGAAGGACGUUUAUGCAAUGAAAAUAAUACGCAAGGCAGACAUGAUACAACUUUGCCAGGAGGGGCACAUACGAGCUGAAAGAGAGUUCUUGGCUUCUUCCGAACAAUCCAAAUGGAUAGUGCCUCUAAUUGCAAGCUUUCAAGAUACAAGUCAUCUUUAUCUCAUCAUGGAGUACGAAGUCGGGGGUGAUUUUUUCGGCCUGCUACUUCGACAAGGAGUUCUUUCUGAAAGGGACACGGUGUGGUAUGUAGCGGAAAUGGUUUUGUGCAUUGAAGAAGCUCAUAGACUUGGGUGGAUUCAUCGUGAUGUGAAACCGGAGAAUUUCUUGAUAUCUUCUUCUGGUCAUUUGAAAAUCGGUGAUUUUGGACUCGCUUUUGAUGGGCACUGGUCACACAACCAAGAGUAUUUCCAUAGCCAUCGCUAUUCACUCCUAGACAAGCUAGGUAUUGAAGUCGAAGGAGACGCCAAAGAUCAGUCAAACGAACGUGGAUCAGCGAAUUCCUCCAUGAAUUACGUUCAUCACUGUGGAAACCGCCCACCUGGACUCAAGCCAGGCGAACGCGUACUCGAUUGGCGUGAUCGCAAUGAACAGAGACGUCUUGCGCGCAGCAUUGUUGGCACCAGCCAAUACAUGGCACCUGAGAUCAUAGCUGGCGAAGCUUACGAUGGCAGGUGUGAUUACUGGAGCCUUGGAAUUAUAUUGUUUGAGUGUCUCUAUGGAAUGACCCCAUUCUACCGCGAUAAUCGUGACGAUACAAAGAGAUGUAUAUUGCACCAUCGGACAACACUGAGUUUCCCGCAAGAGCGAUUUAGCGACUUGGUGAUAUCGCUCCAUGCAAUCGACCUAAUUCAGCAACUUCUACAGAUCAAGGAAUUCCGAUUGUGCAGCAAGCAAUACAAGAUCAACGAUUGUUUCCUUUGGCCGUCUCUGCAUAGUACAAUAUAUACCAGCCCUGUCGGUACAUCGGGUGCAUACUACAAGGGACACCACGUCUAUCCCAAUGAUGCCAACGAUAUCAAAACACACCGAUUCUUUCGUGAUAUCCCCUGGAAUGAGAUGUUAAUUCGGCAACCACCUUACAUUCCCAAUGUCACAGGCUAUGAAGACACCAAAUACUUUGAAGACGAAUGUCUAAGCAGUACAAAUCAGGAAACCCAAGCAACAACAGGAAGUGAGUCUGAAUCGUCUAUCUCAUACAUGGAAUUCCCAACCGCAGAAGAUACGUCUAGUUCAAGCUCGCGCCCAGUUACUGUUGUCUGCCAGGGAACAACGAGAAAUGACAAUGUCAACGUCGAUGCCAAGGAAAAUUGUGCGAAGAAAAGGGGAAAGGACAAUAAAAGACCACGCGACAAGAUUCUUCGAGACAAAAACGUUGGCCCAACAGCCCUCGAUGUUCGUACGAAGAAAGCAUUUGUGGGUUAUACUUGGCGCCGACCAACACCUGUAAGAAAUGUCCUUGAAACGGCGAGAGGGAGAAGCUUGUUCCACGAUUAG